GUCAUUAGAUACCAAUGGUCGCGUCGGUGAAUAGAAGCAGAUACGAUGAUCAAAUAUGUCGUAAUCGAAUGCUAAAGGAUUGGACAACCUUGUGUAACAUAGCCUGAGGGUAUUUAAGCAACAUUUGAAGUAGCGUCCAGCUCGACAACGAAAUUGAGUACACGUUGUCUGCGGUAGUAUCUGAACACUAUCUUUGUAGGACAGCUUAUCAGUUCAGUGACGCAAGCUCGAAGGUACUCACAGCAAGUAUUUCUCCGAGUAAACAUAAGUGGAUGAUAAAUCAAUCGAGAAGAUCGGUACAUACCCAGAGUUAAGUAUCGAUCUUCUACAUCUUCAGCGCAUACCUGUUUGUGACAGCUUUGGGUUGUCUGGUCUGAUUCUGGGCGGAUUUAUGGAGGGAUUACUAUAUAGAGCAGAACCACUGACUAAUACCAACCGUUGUUGUUGAGAAAGGUUUAUUGCCGAAACUCCGAAUAUGAAGUGUUGUCCUUAAAACUGCAGGGCAACGCUGUACCAUAGGGGAAUUCUACCCAAGAAGACUGUUCGUUCACCACGCGACGUGUGUAAGUAGGUCAAUACACCCUGUGUUGGAUUGGAUACUGCCGCUAGCGCCAGAAUAGGAUACCAACCAAUCCCAAAUAAUGCUCAGCCCUCGACGCAACUGGCGACUUUUUGCGUUAUUAACUUGCGCCUUGGUACUGACAGCACUCGUCUACUCGAAUACAGGAUUCAAGGGACUUAUCAAUGAGAAUGUAGUUCACGGCCUGAGAGAUAAAGGCAAACCUUCGCCUGAAUCUCAUCACAGCGGCUCAGAAAUACAAUCCAUUCCUGAGGAAUAUUUCGUUAAGCCACAAUGGGAAAAGAAAUAUUUCAUCUACGACUGUUCCCAUGGUAACUGUGGUGGUCUAGGGGAUAGACAAGAAGGAAUUGUAGGUGCUUAUAUCAUUUCACAAAUAUUAAGCCGGAGGUUCAAGGUCAACAUGCUGGUACCAUGUGAUAUCGGGAAUUUCCUCCAGUCGAACAAAGUUGACUGGAUUCUUCAACCUUCUGAAAUAAAUGGCCUGAAAAGUAGCAGGUACAACCGAAUUGACCAUGAAGCAUUUAAACUACGUGAGAAAAUUGCAAAAUCUCUUGAUUUAGAAAAAGAAUUUCCUUCUGACGUCACAUAUUUUACUGUGAAUCAGGAAAUGGUUAACUAUCUAAAGCUGCAUCCGCUUUUUAAGACUCUUCGGUGGGCAUAUAAUCAGACAACAACUGACAUAUACAAUAUUGUUUUACGACGGUUGUUUAGAAUGAGACCUGAAAUUCAAAAAAGGUUUGAUGAUUUCCAAACUUCAGCUCGUGACAAAGGGAGAAAACUCGUGUGUGCACAUGUUCGAGUGAGGGGCAAUCCUACUAUUCCAACUGACUGGCACAGUCCCACACCCUUGAAUGUUAGUGUAGUGUGGAACUUCCUUAGUCAGUAUAACAACAGCGCUCUCUAUCGAAUGUUCGUGGCCACAGACUCUCAGAAAGUGCGACAGGAUGCGAAGAGGUUGUUUCCUAGUGUCAUCCAAGAUUUGAAGGGGGAUAUCGUUCAUGUUGAUCGUGACAAUCAUGGAAAAGAUUACGCAUGCGCCGGUUUUGGUAAAGUGAUUCUUGAUCAACAGACGAUGUCAUCAUGUGACGUAUUCUUUAUGACAGACAGUGGACUUGGCCGUAUCGCAUCCAUGAUGAGAGGAACAGACAAAGACCUGUACUGUAUGGCUGGCAAUUCCGCACACAGCAAGUGCUCUUUUGACGAUAAAGGUUUCUUUCCCCAGCACUGGUAGGCGUGAUAGAUACCAGUUGUGUAUCUGUUUGACGUCUUUUGUAGGAAACAUUGUUACGACGUAAAUUGUAAUAAAAACGCAAAUUGUAAUAAAAAUUGACGUAAAUUGUUAUACGCAAAUUAUAAAAAAACAUUGACGUAAAUUGUAAUAAUUUUAGUUGCGGUAAUAACAGUUUUAAUCAUACGUAAAUACGCGUGUACUCGUUUUUCGUUGAAUUUCAUAAAUUUCAUAAGCUUGUUAGGGCGAUAGCUCAAGAAAUGACUGAUUUUGUUCAAAUUUGGUAUCAAGCUCUCUUGGCGAGAUUCACCGACACCAGUUGAAGUUAGUGACCUGGAUAUAAUUUGCAAGGUCACAGCAAAAAUCUGAGUGAUUUGCCACUAUAAAGAUUGUUAG